GGAGAAACAUGGCUUCCACUUCGCCUCCUAUAAAAUUGAGGAUUGUGGCACGAACAGCUGGUAGUCUCGGAGAAGCGACCUCUAGCUGGACUAUUGACGUGUUCUUGGACGAGAAAAGAGUGGUGCAAAACGCGUUACUUGAGGAUCCUCUCAAGCAAGAACAGAAGACCUUUUGCCGUUGGUACCUCGAGGAAUUCACUAGCCGAUCGCCCUUUUCAGUCGACCUCGCGAAGGAUGCUGAAUAUCUCCUUGGCAGCUACGCUGCAUAUCUCUCCAAGCAGCUACAUCUUCAAACAAUCGUCGCUCAAUUUCCUCAAGGAAGUACCCACCGCACCGUGUUGAUCGAGAUCCUCGACGAGGCGUGUAUCUUCGACAAACAUGAAAGUACGAUACACCAGUUGCACUGGGAAUUACUAGAGGUCCCAGCGACGUGGAAUGAUCAACUGGAUGUUGUCGUCACUCGUUCUUUUCCCGAGUCUUCUACCGUACAACUAUCGCCUAUUCAACCACCUUCCUGCGAACCAGGUGUUGUCAAAUGCAUGUCGAUCAACAUACUCCUAGUGGUAGCAAGGCACACUUCGAAAAAUGCGAACUUCUACAACGAUGUAAAUCCGUCCCUCGCGUCUGGUGUUCUAAUCAGAGUUCAGCAAAUAUUGAAGAGCAUGUCGAAGAGCAAGGCAAACAAUCUGCGUUUGAAUGUAGAAGUCGUGCGACCCGGAACUUUUACAUCUUUCAAGCAGCAUUUGCAACGGUCUCAAGAUAUCCAUGGUGCGAAUUACUAUCACAUCGUUCAUUUCGACCUCCAUGGCAGAGUUGGCACGCGGAUUGGCAAAGCGUCGAAAUUUGGAAUCCUUUACUUCAGUCACCCCGAGUUAGAAUGUACCACGCCCAUAGCAGCUCAUAUGGUGGCGAGAACACUGAGUCAAUACAAGAUCCCCUAUGUCGUUCUCAAUGCCUGCGAAUCUGCCAGAGCUAAUUGCGGAGACGAUGGGAAUAUUGCCAAGGUUUUUUACACGCAUGGCGUUCGGAAUGUACUUGCCAUGUCGUUCAAGGUUUCAAGCGGAGCAGCAGAGAUAUUCUUGGGCUCUUUCUACCAUGAACUUUUCAUAGGUGGAAUGUCUUUUACUCGCGCCGCUGCUAUUUCACGACGUAUGCUUCGCAUACAUUCCAGCCGCCCUGCAAGAUUUGGGCUUACGAGAACCCAUAUGGACUGGUUCGUGCCUGUGGUAUAUUCCGCUAGUUGCGAUUUCAUCCUCUCGACGCCCAAUUUGGUCACUACUGAAACACUCCUUGAGACCCCCCAGACCUUUAUGGACAUUGAUGAAAGUCUCAAGAAUUUGGAUAAACCAACAAUAACAGGAAGAGAGUUUGACCUUCUCCGAUUAGAAACGAAACUAUUGGAGAAAGGCCGGAUAUACCUCGAAGGGCCAGUUGGCGUUGGAAAGACUGCAUUUCUACAAUACGCAUGCGACAUAUGGAAAUCAACUGCUUUCAUUGACGUCAGCAUCAUAAUUGACUUCAAAACAAUGCAGUACGGGUCUCGAGAAGAACUCAGCGUCUCGGUUCUUCGACAACUAUUCAAUGCCGAUGCCAAAAUCUACGAACCACGGCUUUGGACUAUCACCUCCCUGUCAGUGAAUUCAUAUGACGAGAGCACUGUGCAACAAAUUAUUAUGAAUAUCCUCCCCUCUUUCAAUACACUCAUCAUCCUGGAUGGGUCAGCUACAGCACUCAGAAUUGGCCAUCCAUCAAGCGUGUCAGAUCAUCAAGUCAAGACACAACGUUUCGAACAUCAUUCGUUUCUCAACUCGUUGCUUUCAUAUUUCAUGGCUCCUAGCGAGAACAAAAGAAAUUAUGUUAUUUGUUCCGCUAGGUGUUCUGAGACCAACUGGCUCGAAAUGUACAUCGGCCAAAAGCAAGAUACACCGUGCUACGAACUUCAAGGUCUUGAAAUGGUCGACGCCAUUGAACUUGCGGAACGGAUUCUUCGCGAAGCGGGUGAGGAUAUUGACUGUUGGACACAUGAAGAUUUCAACAGCUUGGAACAAGUGGUCGAUUUAUUCAAAGGAAUUCCAGCUUCAAUCAAAGAAAUACUUCGAGGACAAUCGAUUUUAAGGGUGCCGUGGGGACAACUUUACGAGCGCCUCCACGCCGGUCUCGUUACCUCGCGUUGUGAAUAUGAAUCAGCAUUCUUCAAAUCUUCAGUUAUGGCUCAAGAGCUCCGUCAUCUUUCCUUACAGUUGCCGAGGCGGGAAUUUACUUUCCUGCUCCUUCUUGGCCAAUAUUGGCACGAAGCUCCAUCGCCAAAGGCUCUCGUUCACUUGUCUAUUUUGUUUGCUGGCAAAGACAUCAAGCCUGCGAAACAGAUUGAAAAUUACAUUGAGUACAAAUCACAAGCCAAACGUAUCAUACGCCUUGCAUCCGAUCAAGGAUAUUUGCGCAUGGAUGAUGACGAAUGGAUCUCAAUGAUACAUCCGAGUUUCACAGUACAGGCCCGAGCGUGGGUAUUACUAGGACUCGGUCAGACUGGUACGAACGGAUUAUUCAAGGACAUUGGCGACCGGGAACGAAACCACUGGGUCCGCAGCACCAUUGAGGACUUCUUGAGCGGAACCAUCGCAGAUAGGUCCUUCUUUAUGCUCAAGUUCGUUGAAUUGCUUAACACCAUCCAACUCAACCAACUUCCAAAAUGGGGGACGCGACAUGGCUGGUUCUUCAGCGUUCUAUUAUUCUUCUGUUGCUCCUCUAACUUAGGUCGUGAUCAAUCCUUGAAAAGCAAGAUACUAGAGAUAACAAGCUUAAGUUGUGAAUUAGCUUUAAGAUUGGCAACUUGCCAGAGAAGGCAAAUACACUGUCUGGCUGAACUACAGCUGGUACUUUUCCUGUCCUCAUACCUCCUUGUUCUUUCCGAUCUUGAUCAUAAGGAAGAGGCUGAGAAGAUUCGGCAUGCAGUCGUUAGAUACAACGAGCAGCUACGCCACCAACUCAGCCGGGACGAGACCUGCGUGCAUGAUAAGCCGUCUUCCUUGACUUCAAGUGGAUCAGAUGGAUGGCUUUUUACAACUUUGACAAAGGCUCCACAGGCCGAGUAUCAGGAUUCUGAUCGCUCAUCGUCCGACAAGAUUCACUCUGCUAUUGGAAAACUCCAGUGCAUAUUGACCGAAAUGAGCAAUUGCAUUCAGAAUCAUGUACGGACUCACUCACCUUGUGCGAACAAUGAGACGCUGAAGAUCAUGCAAGAUCGCAGUAUCAAAGUCGCACAAUGGUUUUCAAUAGCAGAGGAAUUCUUUCCAGACUCUGGUGAACUUGAAAGAGCAAGUCAAUACUCCUUGCUAAACCUGGACCUCGAAACACUUAGUGGAUACCGCCAGCGCAUUCAAAUGCAAGGCACAUUGGAAGAUGCAAUUGAUACUGGAAACUGGUACGAAGCCGUUGUGUCCCACGGAAAUCUGAUUACAACCGCAGCUCACAUGUUCUUGUUCAGCGAGGCACUUGAACAUGUUGCAGCUGUUGAAAAAAUUAUUCAGAAAUCCUCAUUCAUUUCCGAUGCACCACCACUCGUUGCCGACUUGAAAAAGAAAAUACAAAAGCAGAAAUCGGCAUUUCAAAUAGCGUCAACACUUUUUCCGUCUGACACCGGUGGCAUUCAGAGCGCUCUUGAUCUAGCUACAAGCCUAGCUGAAUCAAUGACUGAUCUCUUUCCGGAGCAGACUCACUUGGCGCUGAUACACUACAAAACGCUGAGAGAGAAUGAUGGCGACACUGCUUACCCAACUCCAAUCAGCAGAGACCGGUUCAUAUACAUCAUGAGAAAGUAUGGUGGAAAAGCGCAAGAUCCCAAGUGGUUUUGGUGUUUGUGCAACUGUUCCGAGGCCUUUGCUUCGCUUCUCCUUGAGAUCAAAGCUGCAUUCGAGGUUAAAGACUUUGAUCUUUGUUUUAAAAAGCUGGAUAGUUUGGAAGGCCUCGUGGAAAAGGAAGAAUAUCUGCAAGAUCUCCUAAACGAUUCUAAUUUUCUUCCCAAAUUCCGAGAAGCUCUACUCCAACAGCGUGUGCUCCACAAGCUUACAGUUGAUUGGUACUUGGCACUGUCAAACGCAGACUUCGAUGUAGCGAGGGCCAUUGUUGAUUCUAUUUCAAAAAUCUCAAAGGUCGAUGUCGGCGAUUUUAUCACCUACACAGAGAGAAAACACUGGGAGCAUGCCUACUCUGCCUUACAAAACGCAACUGCCAAUGGCAAUAUUACGCAGAGCUCCAAGCUUUAUGCGGACAUGGAGAAACGUUGGAGAGGAUGCACGUUUCCAAGCGUAUCGAGACAGGCCUUCUAUGAAGUCAAGUCCACUUAUCUGCAAGCCGUUGCUCGGCAAGCGCUAAAGGAAAAUGACGCCAAAGAAGCCAUGAGCCUUUGCGAAGAGUGCUUGAGGUGUACUGCGGAAGAACAAAAAGAAGAUCCAAGAGCACAGGAUUUUUACAUAAAUAUAAAAGAGCAAUGCGAAGCCAAACAAAUUCGUCGGCUCUUUGACGAUGCUGAAGCAAAAUUGGCCUUUGAGGAAUGUCUCCGACUCACAGACAGGUGGUGGGAAUUAUCGAUGCGUGGGAUGCGCUCGUUGGGCUCGUCUCAGAGAAGAUAGAGCAUGUUCCGUUAGAGCUUGUUCUGAGGGAGCAGAGCAAGCGAGGGGCAAAAGACAGUGUGUUCGCCAUGAUAGGGAAUCAAUGAGAG